GUCGCAAACUUAUUGGGCGAUUUGGCGCGAGCAGCUCCCCUUCCCCUACCCUCUUCGUCGUCAUCGUCCCCUCCCUUUCUCUAAGUCUAACCCUAAAACUGACAGACGCCACCAAUGACCAGAAACCAGACCUCUCUCUCUCUCUGACCCACAACGAAACAAAACUUGGCCUAGAUUCAAAUUUCGAGCGGCUUCACCUUCGAGCCCCUGUAGCCAAACUGCAGAGUUUUCUGAGCAAAAUGUCACGGCCGUCAAUGGACAAUGACAGUUACUUCAGGGCAGUGACAUAUUGAACACUCACGUCGGUCGUUGACGGAGGAUCAGGGAAAGAGUUCCGAGCGCCGACCUUGGUGGAUAAUAUAAACGAAAAGGGGAGGUGCCGAUGGGGGUGGAAAGAACGAAAGGGGGAGAUUAACCAAUCAGUCCCUCGGCAAGGUCAGAUGACAUGGCUUGUACUGGUUGGCCGUUCUGUAAUUUUAGCUAGGUGAAGUCGGUGAACCGUGGAGAAUCAGAAAACCGAAACAUUGGAUUUGGAAAUUGGAAAUGGCCUUAGCGUGUUGUUACAGGGUUCUAUCUGUCGCAAAAAGGGGUUUAAGACGUGAGUUUAGCAUAUAUCCCGCCAAAUAUCAAAUAUUGGUAUGCCGUGAAUCGUCGUCUUCGAUUCCUCUAGCUGUUAAAUUGCUUCAGGAGACGAAUUCGGGUAUCAAAUCAGCUCUGGAUUUGGAGGAGGAUUUGGCGCUCGGAAAAGAUACCGUCUUCUGGGAGUUCCUUGUCACUACUCUCAGAUCUUCUUCACCGGUGAAAGCUCAGCUGGUAUUGGAAUGGAAAUUAGAGAAAAUGCUCAAGGAGAAUGAGAAAGAUCAUGGUUGUUACUCUGAGCUUAUUUUUCUCUGUGGGAAGACACAGAAUGUCCCAUUUGCACUACGGGUCUUUACUUCAAUGGAGGCUCUUGGAAUCAGACCCACAUCUGCUGUUUUCAAUUCUCUGAUAUUUACCUGCUUGUCUUCAGGUAAUUUAACCACAGCCCUUAGCUUGUUUGAGAUAAUGGAGCGAUCUGAGGACUACAAACCGAAUUCUGCAACAUAUAAUGCCUUUAUAUUCAUGUACUCUGAAGCCAAAGAUGGUAAAGCCAUGCAAACUUGGUACUCAGCCAGAAAGGCAGCUGGCUUUCCUCCCAACGUUCAAACUUAUGAAUCCCUUAUUGUGGGUUCCAUUAAAUCAAAGGAUUUUGGUACUGCUGAUAGAUUUUAUGAAGAAAUGGUGCUUUCAGGAGUUACACCUAAUGUAUCCAUAUUGGAAAAUAUGGUUGAGGGACUAUGUAAACAGAAAAAAAUUGAUAAAGCCAAUGAAUUUUUGAAGUUUAUGCUGGAUGGAGGUUGGGAGAUAAGUAUAAGAAUGGCUAAAAAUCUCCUGGAAUUGUAUUUUGAGCUAGGAAAAGUGGAAGAGAUGGAGGAAUUGCUACAAGGUUUAACAAAGGCCAAUCAAAAUUCGGUAGUUCUGUCACGGGUGCACUGUGGAAUCAUAAGGAUGUAUGCCCUGUCAGACAGAUUGGAUGAUUUGGAGUACGCUGUUGGGAGGAUGUUGAAACAGGGGUUGUUGUUCGCAUGUCCAGAUGAUGUAGAGAAGAUUAUAUGUUCAUACUUCCGCCGUGCAGCUUAUGAAAGGCUAGACUUGUUUUUGGAACGAAUUCGUGGGUCUUACUUGCUAACAAAAUCUACAUAUGAUUUGUUGGUUGCUGGGUAUCGAAGAGCUGGGUUGUCUGAGAGAUUAAAUUCAGUGGUGAGGGAUAUGGAGCUAGCUGGAAUUUCAUAAUGCUUAAAUGUGGUUAUUAGGAUGAAACAUGAUCUACCAUUAUGCAACUGCUUUGUUUUCAAUA